ACUAGAAAGUAGCAAGUGGCAAUCCCACAGUAGCCGAAAGCUGAAGCAGCCGAGCUCCAUAAAUUCCCUCCAAAGCUUCUCCACAAGCACUGUCCGCCAUUGAUACACAGUCGAAGCUCCCAGCCAAUGUCAUCAACAUCUGUUUCACCAGCAAUGGAGUCCUUGAUUCUUCAACUUCACGAAAUCUCCGCUGUUAAAUUCGGCAACUUCAAGCUCAAGUCCGGUAUAUACUCUCCAAUAUACAUUGAUCUUCGUGUUAUUGUCUCAUAUCCUUCUCUUCUCUCCCAAAUCUCCAAAACCCUAAUCUCUUCUCUCCCCUCAUCCACCUCCUACGACCUUGUUUGCGGUGUUCCUUACACCGCCCUUCCUAUUGCCACUUGCAUCUCUGUUUCUAACCACGUUCCCAUGGUUAUGCGGCGCAAGGAGAUUAAGGAUUACGGCACUGCUAAAGCCAUCGAGGGUCAUUAUCAGGCUGAUCAAAUAUGUUUGAUUAUUGAGGAUUUGGUGACGAGUGGUGCUUCAGUUUUGGAAACUGCUGCGCCACUUCGAGCGGCGGGACUGAAGGUGAGUGAUGCUGUUGUGUUGCUUGAUAGAGAGCAGGGUGGGCGGGAGAAUUUGGAGGAAAAUGGGAUUAAAUUGCAUUCGAUGAUUAAGUUGAGUGAGAUGGUGAGAAUCUUGAAGGAGAAAGGGAAGGUUGGAGAAGAAAUGGAAGGGGUGGUGGCGAAAUUCUUGGAGGAUAAUCGGAAGGUUGCGGUGCCCAAAAUUGAGAAGCCUGUUAGAGUUAAGGCCAUUUCCUUUCAAGAAAGAGUGAAGAUAGCGAAGAAUCCAAUGGGGAAGAGACUGUUCGAGGUGAUGAUCGAGAAGGAAAGCAAUUUGUGCGUAGCUGCCGAUGUUGGCACCGCUUCAGAGCUGCUCGACAUCGCCGAGAAAAUCGGGCCAGAGAUUUGCUUGCUGAAAACUCAUGUGGAUAUACUGCCAGAUUUCACCCCAGACUUCGGUUCCAAACUUCGCUCGAUUGCUGAGAAAUACAACUUCUUAAUCUUUGAAGAUCGCAAAUUUGCAGACAUUGGAAAUACAGUGACAAUGCAGUAUGAAGGGGGUAUUUUUCAUAUAUUAGACUGGGCUGAUAUAGUCAAUGCUCACAUUAUCUCUGGUCCUGGAAUCGUAGAUGGAUUGAAAUUAAAGGGGCUGCCUCAAGGUAGGGGUCUUUUACUGCUAGCUGAAAUGAGCUCAGCUGGAAAUCUUGCCACGGGAGACUAUACAUCUGCAGCUGUUAAAAUUGCAGAAGAACAUUCGGAUUUCGUCAUUGGCUUCAUUUCGGUUAAUCCAGCAUCCUGGCCAGGUGCGCCUGGAAAUCCAACAUUUAUUCAUGCCACUCCCGGUGUCCAAAUGGUUAAGGGUGGAGACAAUCUUGGACAGCAAUACAAUACCCCAUAUUCUGUUGUAUACGAUAGAGGAAGUGAUAUCAUAAUAGUGGGGCGUGGGAUAAUAAAGGCAGCAAAUCCUGCAGAGGCAGCUCGAGAGUAUCGUUUGCAAGGAUGGAAUGCAUAUUUAUCCAAGACUUCUUAGAAGUUAGAACAGUUUUUCAAUUAAAUUAGCUUUAGUAACAAAAUCCAAUGAAUGCCAGUUUCUCUUCUCUCUUCUGUUUUUCCUUUUUGCUGCUUUUCCCUACAUGCUUUUGCUUGCAGGGAUUUGGAGGAGAUAUCCUAUUUAAGAGAAAGCUCUACUGAGUCAGCUUUCAAAUGAUUGUAAACUUACUUCCAGUUUAGGAAUAAGAAGAAAAAAUAAUAAGUUUAAGGUUUUUCACUUACAACACCUAUGAAUGAGCAUUGUUAUGUGACUAUCUUUCUAUGUAGCCUUUUGGGUUAAUCAUGACAAUGAAAAUAGUUUAGCAGAUUUCUCUUUUACCCA